AUGCUGCUCCUGGGAUUGGCUUGCAGCGGGGCGGCCCCUGCAGGCAGUCCAGACAGCAGCCUCCAGGACAGGCGCAAGCUGCAUGCGAGCUGCGCCUGCGGCCCCAGCUACACCAUCAAGCCGGGCGACACCCUGCAUGCCAUCGCCAAGGCGUGUGGCACCACUAUCGGCGACCUGGCUGCCACCAACAACAUCCCCGACAUCGACGUCAUCGUUGCUGGCACCGAUCUGACCAUCCCCAGCUGCGGUAGUGGCGGGCAGACAGCAUCCACGUCGUCCAGCUGCACCUGUGGCCCCAGCUACAUCAUCAAGCAGGGCGACUCGCUGGAUGCCAUUGCCAAGUCGUGCGGCUCCACCGUCGCUGACCUCGCUGCCACCAACAACAUUUCGAACAUCGACCUCAUCACCGCCGGUGCCGUUCUGACCAUCCCCAGCUGCGGUAGUGGCGGGCAGCAGCCCUUCAUCCUCUACUCCACAGACUGGGCAAUCUACCGGGGCAGCUCUGACCAAAAUGUCCAGCGCCCCGACUGGUGCGCCCAGUACGCCUACUCUCCGUCUCACAUCGACCCCUCCGUGCCCACGCACAUCAACUUUGCGUUUGCCAUGGUAAACAACGCCACCUUCGAGGUAGAGCACACCGACAAAGCAAAAGACUCUGAGCUGAUCCAGGAGCUGCAGGCGCUGAAGCAGGCCAACCCCAGCCUGAAGACUCUGAUCUCCAUUGCCGGCUGGAGCUUCAGCACCGGCACCGAGCUCUUCAAGAACCCAGAUGGCAGUCCCAACAAGGAUGUGGCAGCCAUCAUGGUGCAGGUCGCCACCAAUCCCGGCAAGCGGGACACCUUCAUCCAGUCGGCGGUGCAGUACAUGCAGCAGUACGGAUUUGAUGGCAUUGACUUGGACUGGGAGUACCCAAACUUUGCUGGCUACAACUGCGAAGGCAGCUGCCCGGACCACAUCUCAGGCUUCUCCCAGCUGGUGGCCGGCCUGCGCCAGGCGCUGGGCCCAAGCUACCUGCUCACCGCUCAAAUGCUCACUGUUUACGCCUUCACGCAGAGUUUACGCUUUGACUACGACUUCCACGGCGCCUUUGGCAACCCAAAGGUGGUUGAUGUGCACACCCCCAUCCUGGACUGCGCCUCCCCCAAGCAGUUUCACAUCCAGGGCGCCAUUGACGCAUACCUGGCGGCAGGCGUGCCUAGCAGCAAGCUGGUUAUGGGGCUGGGGUCAUAUGGGCACAGCUACAAGCUGGCAGCUACAGACGGCACUGCUAACUCCGGCCCUGGCCAGGCCGCCUUCACAGAGGGAGCUCCCGCAGGCAAGCUGUGUACCAUCCAGCCGGGGGUGCUGGCCUGGUACGAGAUCAAGCGUAAGCUGGGAGGCACCACCCCCAGCAUCGACCCAGUAAAGAUGGCUGCCUACGCCACCUACGACGCCGGCCAGCACUGGGUGGGGUUUGACAACCAGGAGACGCUGCGGUGA